AUGAGUAAGAUCCCGAAAUUUUCUGACCUGCCCCUUCGAGAGGGCGAUCCUCACCACUCAGCAUGGGGACUGUAUGGCGAUAAUGACGAGCUUGGUUUCCUUAAUCGGUUGACGGACGAGGUUGUUCUAGAAGCGGCGAAGGAAAUCAAAACCGGGACAAGGAUCUCUCUCGACUGGCCACUGGACGCGCAAGGCGAAGUUCCAUUCUUCGGCCGCCAAGUAUUCCACAAGAACGUAUACCAAAAGCCUCCUCGCAUCGUCAAUGAUGAUGUGUGGACAUUCAACACACAAUGCAGUAGCCAGUGGGACGGUCUCCGUCACUUUGCGUAUCAGAAAGAGCAGAAAUUCUACAACGGAGUGACCCUUGAGGACAUACAUGGGGAAAACGCAACAAAUGUGAAUGGCAUACACGCAUGGUCCGAGAAAGGUAUCGUCGGCCGCGGCAUUCUCCUUGACUGGCAUAACUGGCGGCUCGCAAACAAUAUCAGCCAUGAGCCCUUCAAAACAGGCUCCAUACCUUUGGUUCAGCUUCAAGCGGUGGCAAGAGAUCAGGGAGUGGACAUCAAGUUCGGAGACAUUCUCAUUAUCCGCUCUGGCUACCUUGCCGCAUACAACGCCAUGGACAAAUCCGAACUUUCUACGUUGUCGAAAGCCAUGCCACCCUCAUUCGCGGGAGUGGAACAAAGUGAAGAGGUGCUGCAAUGGAUCUGGGAGAACUUCUCGGCGGUGGCAGGUGACCAACCGUCGUUUGAAUGCUGGCCGAGUCAGGCAGAUUAUAUGUUGCAUGAGGUUUUGCUUGCUGGUUGGGGCUGUCCGAUCGGCGAAUUGUUUGACCUCGAGGCAUUGGCAGAGCACUGUGCGAGGGAGAAGCGCUGGUCAUUCUUCCUGACCAGCAAGGUCUGCAACGUGCCCGGUGGAGUGGCCAGUCCUCCAAACAUCCUCGCCAUAUUUUGA